AUGGGCCCGCCGCUGCCCUCCGACGCCCGCCAGAAGGAGGAGCACGGGGAGCACGCCCCCGAAAGUGGCGCGCCCUCGCUCGCCUGGGUCAAGACCCCCCCGGAAAUGCUCAAGCAGAUGAAGGACUUGCUGGCGAGGAACGCUACCCGAUCGGCCUUGUAUCACUAUGGUGCGUCGUUCAAGACGGACGGCGUUCCGUCCCUGGACGCGGAGGUUAUGAGGGUUAUGCUCCCGGUGUUGGGGAGGAACUCUUGGUCGGCUACGUCGGCGGACACGAUUGACUUGGCCAUUGAACGCGGAUAUUCCCUGGGUGUCGGCUUGAUGAACUGCGGCUUGCACGCAAUGGCGCGCGCGGGUAUGACGCGCGAGAUUGAAGAGGCCUUAGCGAGGAUGUGGAACAUGCCGCCAGAGAGUAGACCGAACGCUACCAGUUAUAACUACCUCAUCGGAGCUCAUAUCUAUGCGGGCAAUGUGGAUAGCGCCUUCGAGGUCCUCAAUGAUAUGAAGAAGCAUCUCAUAUAUCCAACCUUCGCCACUUACCAUGCUCUCAUCACAGGCUGCCUCCGUCGUCGUGAUCCGCGCCGCGCAUUCCAAACGCUCAUGGCCGUUGAAAAGCAACGCUUUGACAUCAGUGCCAUGACCGUGGCUCAAGUCUUGGUCGCGUCCGCUGGUAAUGAUGACUAUGAUCACGUCGACCAGUUGCUCAUCAAAUUUGAAGAGUCUCUGCCGCGGUAUGGAAACGAACUUCACCGCAUCGCAGAAUUCCGUGGUCUGUAUCAGAUGAAGGAUGCUGGCCGCACCUCAAAGAGCGACCGCAGCGCCUUGCGUGGGGAGCCCAAACCGGAGAUUGGCGCAAUUUCCGAAGUCUUGCACUGCGCAUUCCGAGGGGGACGCGUAGAUAUUGCAUCACGUGCAUGGAUCCUCCUGGAGGAGCACUAUCCCGAGUUUGAGAUUCCCCUUCCUUUUUAUUAUUGUUUGAUUGGUGCCUACGCUGGCGCCGGUGAUUUCUCUCAGGCUAUUGACAUUGUGGGUGCCAUGCGGGAGAAGGGCAUGAAGCCGUCAAUGAGGGACCUGGAGAUGGCUCUCGUGAGGCCGUUGGCCUACAAUGUUUCCAUUAUUGACGAGCAGUUUUACAGGCUAUGCGACAGGAAGGAAGGAAAGGAAACCGACUCUCACUCGUCAAAACCGGCGGCCGCUGAGGCUGCUGCUGAAGCAGAGCAAGAAGUCGAUGAAGAAAGUGCAGCACUUGAUGACACAAGCACUGUGACCCUAGAUGAACAAGAUCGUACCGCGACCGACGGCACCGAGUUCACAGAAGAUUCAGGACAGCAAGAAGACCCCGUCACUUCGCAAGAGGGUUCCGAAGUGGCGAUGCCCUCACCAGAAUCACCGAGCGUUUCGCUCGCAGACGCGAUUUUGAGUACGAGCGGCUUGCAAUCAGCGACAUCCAUUUCUGCGCAGUUCAGCCCAUCUACGGUCGGAAUCGAAGAAAUAAACUGCAUCAUUGGUGCAUGCUCUGCCUCACUCGACCUGGACAGAGCCUUUCAAACCUUUGAUGAAGUGGAGACGAGGUUUGGGUUGGAGAGAAAUAUCGACACGUACAAUGCACUUUUGGAGGGAUGCGUGCAGACGAGAAGACUGUCAGGAGGCAUGCGCGUUCUGCAGGAAAUCGAGAGUGUCGGACUCUCUGUGGCCGGCCACACUCUCCACUUGGCGACUCGCUUAAUGCUGCGUGCCGGUCAAUCGGAGGACGUGUUGAAGCUACUGACAAAGGCACACUCACAAGGCGAUUCCAUACUGUUGCAAACUUAUCAAAUGGUUUUGAGACAUUUGGUUAGAGGCAACUUCAUGAACGAGGCCGUGCAGCUACAGCAGCAAGGUGAAGAGGCCGGGUUUGAGUUCCAGACGCUCACCGGUCGCUUCGAUCUGGGGACUGUCAGAAGACUACAGGACGCGAAUGGCAGUGGGCAGGAUACCCACUCCAUAGAUGACCACCACGCAGGUCCAGCACAAGAGGGACCAGGAGAUGAGGAGGCCCUCACUGAUGAGGCUGAGGAAGAGACAAGCCGAGAGAAGCAAUAAAGGGCAUCGCAACACUAGAGGGUAGGGGUGAUACUCCGAACCGAUAAAGGCUUUUUACACAGUCAGCUGUAAAGUUGUUGAGCACACGCUGCGUGCCAACGCCCCAAAACUAAACCAUGACGAUAAUAAAACACCAUGGCCGUCAAUGCGCACAGA